CAGGAGCAAUGUCAAAAUCGGCAGUAACUAGGGUUGCUCUUGGAACCAUGGAAAUGGGAAAACGGAUGAACUUUGAAGAUAGUGAAGCCUUUCUCAAAAAGUUUCAGGAGUAUGGGCAUACUGAAUUAGACACAGCCUACAUGUAUGCUGGCGGAGCAGAUGGAGGUACAAAUGGGGGACUCACUGAGGAGUUUAUGGGUAAUAUUGAUACUGUAAAUGGUUUAAAUGUUGCAACAAAAGUAAAUCCAGCUGGUGGCAAAACGUUGUCUCCGAAAAGUGUCAGGCAUCAACUUGAGACAUCUAUAAAAAAGUUAAAUACUGAGUGUGUUGAUUUGUUCUAUUUACAUUGGCCCUGCAUGGAUGUUAAUAUCGAGGAUACUCUUUGCGAAGUCAACAAUCUCCACAAGGAAGGGAAAUUCCAGAGAUUCGGUCUGUCUAAUUUCAUAUCAUGGCAAGUGGCUGAAGUUCAGCAAAUCUGCAUACACAAUGGGUACAUUCAACCAACUGUAUAUCAGGGAAUGUACAACUGUCUCACAAGGCUGGUAGAAAAAGAACUGUUCCCGUGUCUUCAAAAGUAUGGAAUGAGCUUCUAUUGCUACAAUCCUCUGGCUGGUGGUCUACUUACCGGUAAACACAUUAGAGAUGACAAUCCAGAGAAUGUGAGCGAACCAGGAAGAUUUGCAGGAAAGGCAUGGGGAAAAGCUUACAGAGAUAGAUUCUGGAGAGAUAAGUAUUUUGAUGCUCUUGAUAUCAUACAAGAUGCCUGUAAAAAGGAAGGAGUUGCUGUAACAUCUGCAGCGUUGAGGUGGGUCACACACCACUCUGCUUUAUCAGGAGACAAUAAUGAUGCUAUUAUUGUGGGUGCAAGUAAUAUCUCUCAUUUGGUUUCUAAUCUUGAUUUUUUGAAAGAGGGACCACUUCCAGUUUCGGUGGUUGAUGCUAUUGAGCAGGGGCAUGAGCUUACAAAAGGCCAUGGUCCCAACUAUUUUAGAAACGUCAGCAUGCCACAUACUGUAUGAAGUGCUAAGUAUGAUGAUGAUAAGUUUAAGAUGUAUGCUAUGUCAAGAAAUAUGAAAUCAUAUUGAUAAAAGAGAAGAUGAUUCGAUUGGUUUGUUCAAAAGUUUUAUUCUGUUUUAAAGAUGGUAUGCCAUUGUUUUAUAUGCUAUUUUUUAGCUGAAAAUUUGUAAAAAUAUUAUUUUUUCCUAA